CGGCGAUUCAAGUCUACGGGGCGAUAAGAUUCAACGCAGGGCUCUGUAAUCUAUGAUGACUGUCAUAGCAAUCGCUGGUGGUAGAGGUGGCGUGGGAAAGACCUUCAUGGAAAGAUUGUCUCAGGAAUCGAACAUUCGUGUUAUCGUCUUGUCGCGUACCGUAUCUGGACCUCAAGAAAAUGUUCAACUCGUCCAGAUUGACUACAACGACAUCCCCACCAUGACCGUGGAGCUGGAACGCCACAAUGUGCACACCAUUAUAUCUGCGAUCGGCUUGGUCUCCAAUGAGACUAGUCAGUCACAGCUAAAUCUGAUUGAAGCAGCAGAAAAGUCCAAAUCAACAAAGCGUUUCAUUCCAAGUGAAUACUCGUUCAUUCAGACACCCGAGCUGUUGUCUGUGGACCCGAGUAUCCAAUGGUGGCUCGACGCGGCGGAUCGCUUGAAAUCAAGCUCGCUGAAGUAUACCCGCGUAAUUCCGGGGUUUUUCAUGGACUAUUGGGGCAUGCCACAUGCGAAAACAAAUCUCCACCCAUAUAUCUUUGGCAUUGAUAUCGCUGGCGGUGUAGCCGCCAUUCCCGGCGAUGGCAAUGAUGUCAUUUGUAUGACAUACACGUACGACCUGGCGAACUAUAUGGUGAAGAUGCUUGAACUCGAGGAAUGGCCAGAGUUCAGUGUGUUUGUGGGUGACGAAGUGACCUACAACGAGAUUUUGGCCAUGGUAGAGGGGAUCAGAGGGAAUAAAUUCCAGACUACCUACGACAGUGUUGAGCAGAUCAAUGCGGGCAGUGUGACUGUCCCACCCAUGCCUAGCACUAUUGGAUCACCGGAGGAAUUGAAGGCAAUUACCGCACUGGUCAGUCAGCUUACAGUGACUGGAGUGUUUGAUUUGCCCAGAGAGAGCCGUAUGAGUGAUCGGUUCCCGGAAGUGCAACCUGUAAAACUCAAACAAUUCCUGGAGAAGUGUUGGGUAGGAAAGUAAACAUAGGAUCAGAUACUAGUUGGAGAUGUCUCUGUGCUACGAAAGAAUUGGUCCUCUGGGUACAUUUUCGAAGACUGUGCUUAUAAUGAUGAAUAUCGCAGAAACCCCCUUCCUAUACUCGAGGGACGUGUC